GGGGGUUCCAAGCAGUUCUAUUUUUCCUCUCGGACGAGCAGCUCGAUACGAUCGCAGUCUUUAAGAUGGAUCUAUACUACCUGCCCCUGGUCAGCGCAUGUCGCUCCGUUCUCAUGGUAGCCAAGGCGCUGAAUCUUGACCUGAACAAGAAGCUACUGAACACCCUGAACAAAGAGCAGCUGAACCCGGAUUUCAUCAAGAUCAACCCCCAGCACACCAUUCCCACGUUGGUGGACAAUGGCUUCGUCAUCUGGGAGUCGCGUGCCGUCGCCGUUUACCUGAUUGAGCAGUACGCCAAGGACGACUCCCUGUACCCCAAGGAUCCCAGGAAGCAGGCCGUGAUCAACCAGCGCCUCUAUUUCGACAUGGGCUCCAUGUAUCCAUCGUUGGCCAACUACUACUACAAGGUGUUCAUCACCGGCCAGUACGGCAGAGAAGAGGAAUUUAGGAAGGUCCAGGAAGCCUUUGAUUUCCUAAACACCUUCUUGGAGGGCCAGGAGUUUGUGGCUGGUGACCAGUACACCGUGGCCGACAUCGCCAUUCUCGCCAGUGUCUCCACUUUCGAUGCCCUCGAGUUCGACCUCAGCAAAUACCCGAAUGUGGCCAGGUGGUACGCCAAUGCCAAGAAGAUUACUCCUGGCUGGGAGGAAAACUGGGCCGGCGCACAGGAUGUGAAGAAGGUGGUCGAUGAGAAAAGGAAUGCAGCAAACUAAUAUAUUUAUCUUCCUCAACGAUGAAUUUUUCAUAUUUUUAUAUUUAAAAUAAAUAAUUAUUGUUAUUUA